AGGUAAUAAAGCUCGCAAGCCGAGCGAUGCCGCACAAAAUGGGCCGCGCAUUUAAUCAUUGUCGAUCCAGUACUGUAGAUCCAUCACAAAGGCGCGGGGCUUCAUGACGGGUUCUCGCUCCCCUCUGUGCCGCUGUCGUGCUUGGCGAAUUGGCGAACCCACGCCGGCUGCAGAUGCUGCACACGAUGUGCCGCUGGAUGAGAUGUUGGUGGCAACUUUGUGGAGACGAGGGCGAAGUAGGCACGAAUGUACGUAACUCACUUCCAUUCUUGGCGAUCGUGAUGCGCAGCUGCGAGGGCCGGCGGCAGGAGGGGCAGCUGGGAACGCAGGCAGCAGGCGGGUGGGGCGACAUCUCGCACGUGCGUGAAUGCUUUGCUAUCAUCGUUCCCCACGCGUCUGCUCCACCAUGUUACUAUGGGCUAUGGGAAGACGUUGAGUGUUUCAACGGUUAUCGCCAGAGCAGAACUGAUUCAAAACUGCAGCACGCCGCGUCUUUUGAAUCAUUAUUACUCGACACACUAGUCGUGGAUCGUCUUGUGACAUUGCCACUGAGCCACUUGCAUACCUGGCCACCUGGAGGGACGCACACGCCUGCGCCACCCGCCGGACAACGACAGUCGCUCGGCCCUGAUCCAAAUCUAUCACCCUCAUCGUCCCUCAUCGUCCCUCAUCGUCCCUUGCUCCUCACGCCCGAAGUGGCCGCAGUCGACCAACCACAGUGACCACUGCAUCCACUGCACUACCACCGACACCACCGAGGCCAUCCCCGACCACCAACAGUUUACAUCACGCGGCCGACAUCUCUUCUCUCUCUCAUCUCUCUCAUCUCUCCCAUCUCUCCCAUCUCUCACAUCCACCCACAUCCAUUCUUAUCUCGUCCCAUCUCCCUCGAUCGCUCACCUCGUCCGUCUCCUCUAUCUUGUACACUCCACACAUCU